AUUGACCCAACGGCUGCAAACGGGCAAUCCAGAUUUCAGCAGUCUGCUAGAAAUUCCACCGAGCUCCCGUGUCUAGUCGUUCUUUCGAUCUAUAAAAAGUGUUAAUUCCAAGAAUCAAUAAUGGAAACCGAAAGUCACUCUACGUUUUUGAUGGAAUUUCAUACUCAGCAAGAAAAGUUUUCUAGUCCUGAUGAAUUGAUCUCUCCAAUCAAGGAAUUAUUGGAAAAGUAUAUCGGGGAAGUCAAAGAGGUUUAUCGGAGGUGUAGCGAUCAAUCCGUAAGUCUUGUCUUGGAUUGUGCCCAGAAAUCCAUUGCCACCGUUCAGCUGAAAAGUUCUGGACUCGUAUUAAUGAACAUUGACAUUGGAGGGGAAGAUUCUUCUGCAUUCAAUCAAGAAGCAUCGAAAAAGUUUGAAACAGAUGUUAAGGAGAAACUGGCUGUUGUGGCUAGCAAAACUAUUUGCCCAAUCAAAAGAGGGGGCCCAUUGGAUAGAUUCCGCUAUCUUACCAGUUCAGAUGAAAGGCUGUUGGAGUAUGAUGUUGACCGAGUUGUUGCUGAUGUCCACUCACCAUUUCAACACAUUCAGAUCUUUCACACCAUCAACUUUGGCAAUCUUUUAGUGCUUGAUGACCUUCAGAAUUUGGCUGAGAGUGAUCUAGUCUACACUGAAACUUUGAUCCAGAGAGGAAAAAUUGAUUACACUGGUAAAGAUGUUUUGAUUUUGGGUGCUGGAGAUGGUGCAUUACUAUGGGAAUUGCUUAAAGAAAAUCCAAAUAUGGUCACUAUGGUCGAGAUUGACGAAACUGUAAUGAAACUAUGUAGCCAGCACUUGCGCUCUGCGUGCGGAUCAGCUCUGGAUUCCACUACCGGACCUCACCACCGCAUCAUUGUCGGAGAUUGUCUGGCAGAGUUGGACAAGCUGAAGAGCGAAAACGUCCAAUUUGAUUUCGUAUUUUCCGACUUGACUGAUAUUCCGUUGUCAAUUAAACCACAAAAUAAGGAAUGGCAGUUUCUACUCGACGUAAUGGAGAAAUCUCUUAGUGUACUAAAGCCCAACGGACAAUUUUUGACGCACGGGAGCGGUGUGUCUUCAGUUCAAUCGCUGGCCGAUUUCGAAUUGCAUUUGAAGAACUUGAAGCCCCAAGUCGAGUUCAAACGUUGCCAAGCUUUUGUUCCGUCGUUUAUGGAGGAUUGGGUGUUUUAUCAAGUCUGGAAGUUGGCGAACGAAUAGUUGACAUGAAAGUGUUAAAUGAUUGAGAGAGAUGACAGUUGGUGCAUCGUGCAAUACCUUUGUUGCUGGUCAUCAUCACGCCGCUUCACUGCCAUUCAAAUUAAUGUAAAAUGCGCGUCGCUAUUGUUGAAACAUGCAACAAAUUAGUCAUAAAUUAAUGGGUUUACAUCCCUGCGUGAUCUUGAAUUGAUUCCUUGCAACCCUUUUUGCUGCUUUCAGCAAAUGCACUUCUUGAUUAUGCUUCCUUGUGAGCUGGUUUUUGGCUCUUGUCAGUCUUUAUUUAAUGCAGUUGAUUGAUUGUUUCAGUUAGUAAUGUGAUAUUUGGAGUUAGCUCAAUAAAACGAUUGAAUUCCUUA